AUUUCAGAAGACAAGAAGUGAAGUAAAAGUCCCUGGAGGCUUAUUCUUCUGCGAUCUGCGGACCACACCAGCUCGUGGCGUCCGCACCCUCUCGCGCUUUUUCGUCUAACGCUUCUAUCCGAAAAUCGGCGUGGAAAAACUGUCGACCCUGUCUGUGCAGUUUGCUCAUCACUUGUUUCGACUCCGCGUAUCUGCAACGGAACGAAUUUUACGAACUGUUCGCCUCUCUGUUGCGUUGUGUGCCGAUACGACUUCCUGCAUCUAGGCGUGAAGGCUCGUUUUGAGUUGUGCAAUUCUGGAACUCGAAUCGUCUGCACAGACGCAGGAUCACGUAUGGAGUUUAUCACAGUUCAUCUCUAUCUGUGAUCUCUCUGUUCUGAAUGUGGGCUCGAUUUCCUCUUUGAAGCCGUCCUUUUCCUCAGCGUUUGUGUGCGCGCGCGCGGCCGCAGUUGAUUUACAGCGCUCCAGCUGCCUCACAUCUUCCCUUCCGCACCGAUGGAUUCUUGAGAGUUUUCCGUCUGCAUUUGUCACUUUUCUCGGAUCUCGACGCACGCGUUCACGAGCAUGGUGGCCGAUGGUAUUCUUCCACGCGCGAACUCCCGGAGUCGCGCUCCCUCAGAAACCCAAUCGGCGGUUGCGCAUGCGCCGCCUCCGCAGCCUUCCCUCGGGUGUACGUACAACACCCCGUUUUCUCCGGAAUGGUGUCUGCGUCGAGGCGUCGCGCCGCUUCCGUCGGGAGAGCGUUCCGGCCCUCCAGACACAGUUAUGUUCAAGCUUCUUCCGCCUCCGAGGACCAGUGUGGAGUCUACGCAGAAGGCGCGCAGUCAAAGAACGGGAGGACAAAAACGGCGUCCUCUUUCGCGGGACUCGCCCUGCAAUCGACUCUUCCCCUUCAUGUUUCGGGACCUGCACUCUCACGAAGAGCGUCAGGAGAUCCUCCAGCGCCUCACGCAGAACGCGCGGAGGGAGGAAACAGACGCUGUGAAAAUGUGCGCCUUGUCGCUUGCCAGCGCAGGCGGAUCCGGGGCGGCCGACCGAGACAGAAAUGGCGAGGCUCCGGGAACCUCCACUGGAGAAGGCGACGCGGCGGAGGAAGCAACGAAGCGCAUAAAAACAACGGCGUUAGUCCCGCGGGCAGGUGCGGAAACUAACGCGCCGGCCACAAGCGGUCAGCGACCAGAGGCGGCAACACAAGAGGUCGCGUACAACGUCCGUCAAGGGUCGUCUGCGGCCUCUGCAUGCAAGGAAGAAGACUCGGAGGCUGGCGCGGACGAUGAGGCGAGGCGCAGUGAGGCAGGUGGAGGCACCCAGAACGGAGCGAGCUGUAGAGACACCGGAAGAAAGAAGUUCGUGGCGCCCGCCGCGAUGAGUGCGUCCUCUUCGUCUUCAAGUGCAUGCAACGGACCGUCAUCUCCGGGGGUUCUCUACUCCUUCGGCUUCCAGUGUUUCGCUGUGAACAAAGCAGGCGACACGCUCGCAGCGGGGUGUACAGACACCGUCCACUUGUACCACAUGGCCACGAAGACCCUCCACGUCUCUCUCCAGCUGCCCUCUCCCCCCUCGCAUGCGUGCGUCUGCUCUGAGGCUGCAUGCGCUGCGCCUGAGCUCCGUUGUGGGAGUCCGGAAAGCUCUCGCUCUCCCUCGCUGCUCGCAAUCCGGUCUCUCCAGUUCUUCGACGAAGACCGCCUGCUUCUGGCCCUCACGGAAUGCGGUCACCUCUACGUCUAUUUCCUCCAACACGAGCCAGAGCCUGCGCUCCUUGCGUACGUCAAUCUGCGCGAGGUGUACGAACACGCCGCGGGCCGCCUUCACUUUCUCUCCGGAGAAGCGCGAGAGACGGAAGACCAAGUCGCCGCCUGUUCUGGCGCGGUGAACAAGGUGGAGACAACCGGUGAAGAGCCGUCGAGGCCUGUCGGAUCUAAGGCUGCUUCCGAGGAGACCACAGAGCCUGGCAACCUCGUUUCCUCGGUCGGAGUCACCGCUGUGGAACCCCUCGAAGUUCGCUAUCCCCCUGCAAUCCUAACCGCUUCUCACCGCAGCACAGAUGCCUGGCGACUCUCUUGUGCGGCAGCAGCAGUGGCCGCUCUCUGCAGCGAAGGCUCGCCGCGAACCGCAGAAUCCCGUCCAGACGCGGGGACAGAAUCGCCUGAUGUCGCUGCAUGCGGUCCUCUCCCUGUCGCGGUACCCGACGGGAUGCGCGCGAUUCCUACCUCUUCUGGACACCUCGUCUUGCUGGUUUCCUACACCCCAGAAAAGGACGUAGGCGCCGAUGGUGCAGACGUCCUCACGAGGAAACGCAACUGUCUCCGGGCGUACACUGCCCCCCUCGUCCUCCACUUUGAACUCCGCCCAAGUCUCCUGCUUCUUCGCAGCCUCGACAUCCAGCGCUGCAGGCGCAAGAGACUUCUCGCCUCUCCAGAGACGACUCCACCGUCUCCUCAGUGCACGCAACUGCCUUGUGCAUCUGCUUCUUCUGUUUCGUCUGCUUCUUCUGUUUCUUCUGCUUCUUCUGCUUCUCCGGUCGUGCCAUUGGCCGGUGAGAACAGUCUGGCUCGGAAGCUUCUCGCGGGGCUUCCGCUGCGGCUGUUGCCUUCGCCUUUUCCCUGCUGUCGGGCGAAGAUCGUGUGGAACUCGACAUUCACCCUUUUGGACGACUCACGCACUGGCCGCUCUCAGGCGGCGGGAAAGACCACCGGAGAGGGCGCGCCUCUCGGCCUCGUCAGCAGCCGACUGGAGUGCAGAUUUCCGUUCUGUCUCUUUCGCGUCGUUGUGCCUCCCGAAGGUUCUUCAGAGGCACAAGAUGAAGCUGAGAAGCCCCCGUCCAUCCAAAGCGCUCAUCAGAGCUCUGGAUUGCCUUCUUCUCUGCCUGACACUGCGUUGUCUCGCACUCUUGUUCCCCGGGCUUGUGUGUCUGACAGGUUAGUUUCGAGCACGAGUGAGAGCGCAGCGGGGACUGAGACAGAGACGAAGCCGCCUGGGGGCAUCUCGGCGGUCGCCGCCUCCUCAGCGAGUGUGGAGGCUCUGGAGACAGGUCUCUCGUCUGUGAACGCGGCGACCGAGAGAGGCGACGCGACCCACGACCUGGCAGCUGCGGGCGACGUGGAGGUGGAGAUGGAAGAGGCGACGGCAGCGAACGAGUUGAGAAAGAACAUCGAAACUGCGAGGGCGGCCUCCAGUGUACAGACACCCGUGCAGACUGGCCCCCAGAAGGCUCCCGGUCCAGUCGGCCGGUUGAUUGCCCUGGUGGCGGUCUGCUGUCCCGAUGGCACGCUCGUUUUGGUGGACUGGCGACAAAGGCGAGAGCAGGUUUUCGCUCUGAGGCGCGGGACUGCAAAGCCUCUGGAGGCGGGCAAGACCCCGGGUGCGCGGAUCAUCUGGGGCGCAACUGUGGUGGGGAUGUCGGCGGCGUCAGCGCGAGAAGUCUCCGUUCGAGACGACGGCGAAGUGCUCCUGCUGCGCUGUCCAGAUCGCCUCGUGGUCGCGAGGCUGGUUUUCCCUUGGUCCUGCUCGUCUAGGGAGAGACAGACGCUGCUCAGAGUCCACAGAGACCAACAGAGAGAACAGAAGCAACAGUUUGCGCUGCAUCUUCAGAAGCAGCUCCUGCUCCUCCAGCAAAGGGGCGAGGCCCGGUGUGCACGCGGCCGCGGCAGAGGCCGAGGCAGAGGCUGCCUGGCGUUUCGCUCUCGCUGGCUCAAGAAGCGCGGCGAGGACGAGGAGCAGCUGCCGGACUCGGACAGCGAAGCAGAGACGGAGAACAAGAAACCGGAGGGGAACGACCUCGACGGCGAGCCGCCCAACGCCAGGGAAGGCGGGGAGGAAGCAGAAAAAAGGACCGGGGUGGAGGCGGAGGGAGAGCAGAAGGAAGAGAAGAAGGAGCGGAUGAAGGAGGGAGGGACGCGUUCAAAGGGCGACGGCGGCGACAUGCAGGAUGUGUCUGACUUGGAGAGAACGGGCGAUCGAGAGGCGAAGGAAAUGACAGGAACGAGAGACGAGCAGAUGUCGGAGGCAGGUGACAAAGGGGUUGAAGACGUGCAUGCGAUUGUGUCCGGGGUCGAGCACUCAGAAAUAAAAGACGAAGAGAAAGAAGAGGACGUCCAGAAGGAGACGCUUGCUGUCCAAGGAUCUGCAGAACGCGAGCACCCUUUUUCUGGGGAGACGCGCACUGAGGGCGCGAGUGGGCGCCCAAUAGAGAACGGGGCGACGAGCGGUCUGGCAGGACCCUCGGAGACUCCCGUUUCCGCGGAGAGCUGUGGAAGGAAGGCCUGUCUCUCCUCGGACGGAAGCGACUCUGAGAGUGCCGACGACGACGCCGAGGAUGACGCCGGCACACUGAUCAUCAUCCAGUUCAUUCACAUGGACUGCGUGCAGAAAGAGUCGUAUACGGCGCUGAGUCCAGCGAGCGGCGCCAGCGUCCACAAGGGCCUCGCUGCAGCGGCAGUCGACCGCAACGGCCUCGCGGCUCUCUACUUCCUAGAUCUCUCGGCCGUCGUCGCAGUCGAAGCCAAGGUCCUCGUCCUCGAAGCCGCGAAACUCUCUCCCUUCAAACAGAUCCAGUGGGUCCCCGACGUCUCCUCCACGCAACUCGCCGGCUUGGCUGCGAUGGAGGCGGCGCCGCAGGCAGCCACCUCUCCAGGAGUCGGAGACACGCCUCCCACGGAGACGCUCGAAGGCCCGUGCGGAGCAAAGGAGACACUUGGAGACACCGUGUCUCCAGGUGUGGGGCGACUGAGUGCGGCGAGCGCAUGCAGUCGGUGGUGGGCGGAUCGCGGGAGCGGGGCACGAGGCCCUGGGGGGGCUCAGGGGAGGAGCUGGGGGUCUCUUUCGGGAGGGCGGCCUGCUGGGAACUUCAGUUGCUUGGUGGCUUUGGAGAAGAAGUGGGGGACGUUGCUUUUUUUCUAUCCGAGACGAACCAAGGUCUGGUGGCUGCUGCUUCCCGACUUCGAGCGCCUGGACGGAAAUCGCGAAGAAGUCGAGGCCGAAGACGAAUUCGAGAAGGACAGCAGCAAACUGGCUCCGUGGCUCCGCAAGGGGGCUGUGCAGGGCGACGACGGUGGCCCCGAGUGGCAGCUACAAACGCUGGAAAAAAGAGAGAGAAAGACAGACAGUCGAGAGACACUUCUGACCCGCGAUGCCGCUGACCAAAACGCGGCGUCGGAGAAGGUCUCUACGGUCGUCUCCCUGGCGCCUCCGCCUGCGUCAUCCUCGUUUCUCCCUCUGCGCGUGGGAUGCAAUCCGAGCCUUCUUCUUCCGUCGCCGGCGUACCCAUUUUACUCGCCGCUAUUCAGCGUCCGGAGCAGGCGGUCGUCUCUUGCAAACGUCUUGCCUGGCAGUCUUGGAAGACCUGAUCAGACACCUGGGCGACUUCUCGCGGGGGCCGAGGCCUCUGAGGCUGCGGUACAUGAGGCGCUGUCUCGCGCGCUGCACGCGCUUCGCGUUCAAGGGAGUUCCAGGCUUCACGACGACUCCGUCUUGCCUGCUGGUUCUUGUCAGGUGCGAGAAGGAAAAGAGCAAGAACUUGACAUCGCGGAGAGAGCUCUCCGUUUGGCGGCUGCUGCCGAGACAGCACUUGACAACGUGUUAAUGUCGAUAUUAAAGCUGUCGCCGACUUGCGAAGAUGACUCGAGCUUACUGGGACACCACCCCCUGGCGCGGGAGCUGCUGGAGAGCUUGAACUGUAUGCAUUCUUUCGGCGAGUCUUCCGCGAGGUCCAACGCGGUCGCUUCGGAGACAGGCCGCGCCGGCGGCCUUGGCACAACCGCGAGCGAGUGUGGGCGGUUUUUCUCUCGAGACAAACAGGGCGGAGAAACGGCCGAGAUCGACGCCGUGGGGACGCGCUGCGAGUGGCUGACCGACAGUGUCUCUUUGCUGGAAAAGCAGAGACGGUUGGCCGACCAGCGCAGAAGGGGGGAAGCGCCCGAGAGUGAACUGUCUGAGAAGCGUGGACGUUGCUUGGCAGAACCACGUGGAGUCGACCUUCCGGCAAUUUACAGAGAGAGAAUGCGCAGAAGCAGAGAAGUUUUUUGCGCCAUGGCAAACGCGCGCGACUGCAUCUGGAAAACGUAUGCAGCAGCUGAAGAGUCCAAGCAGAAUCCCUAAUUCAGGUUUCCAAAACGAAAUCCGAAGAAAACGAUUGUUCAAAGCGACCUGUCAAAUACUUCGGCCCCUCUCUGCCUUGGUACAAUCACAUAUGCAUGCAUGCUUGUGCGUAUGUGUGUGCAUGUAUACGUGUAGGUGGAUAUGUAUGCGCAAGUCCACAUACACAUGCAGAUGCUUAAGUACGUCCUGUGAGACAGUGGGAAAAGUAAAGCUCGCGGGCUGUUGGGUUGCAUUUGCUGAGGGAUUUUUCGUGGGAAGGUGGUGACAGGGUUGGCGAUGGUUUGGAGAGGAGACUGCUUCAGGGACGGUGAAGAGCAAGUGGGUACGAAUUGUUUUCUUGUCACGUUUCUUCGUUUUCCGCGUGUUCGCUGAAAAGCGACGCUUCGAGAGAUUCAGAGACUCGCAAGAAAUUCAUUUGAG